AUGGACGCAAGUACUGCUCGCCUGAUGCAUUCAGGAUGGGUCUUAAAGAAGAAAAAGAAGAAAAUGCAAGGCUAUGCAAAGCGCUGGCUUGUCAUUUUCGAAGACGGCACUCUUUCUUAUGCGCUGAACCCAGAGAGUGGAUCUCGUGGCAUUAUUGAGGUGCCACACGCUAGUGUGAGUUCAGACAUUCGACAUGGCACGAUCCACGUCGAUAGCGGAUCAAAUGUGUUUCACUUUAAAAUGCUCAAUGACAUUGACUUCCAGGUGUGGCGUUCCGAGCUACGCAAAUUUUUGCACCAAUGGAGCGGCUCGACUUUGCUGGCACCCCCUCUUACAGUGGUGACAGGAACAUUGGGAAGCACGAUGGAGCGAGCAGAGGAACUACUGAAUUCAAGUAUGCGCUCUCUCGAACUCUAUAAUGCCUCGCACCCCUCCGUGGACAUAAAGAAUGUGCUAACGGCACUUGCUCAGGUGCAGGAACAGCAUCAAUAUAUUCGGCAGCACCUUGCUCGAAGACCACGCAGUGAAUAUGAUCGACGCACCCCUACGCCCUUGAGCCGACCGAUUUCUCGUGCUGGCAACUCGCCACUGCCUUUCUGA